AUGGAUACCUCGAUUAGGUCUACCUUUUCCAUGUCUUCCGCUUCCUCUGACUAUGCCCACGAGCUUCCGUAUGCUCGAAUUCCGGGAUCCGAACCAGUACCUCGUCCUCUCAAAUGGUCCAUUCACAAGUGCUCUUCUACGAAUAUGAGUACGAUUGGAUUAGAACAUUCCGAUGGUCGUGUUUACUUCUUCGAGUUCUGCGCAGAAAAUGACACCAUCUUACCUCAUGUGUGCUCUUGCCAGCCUGACGUUACCGAGAAGGACCUCUUUCCUGACUACGCUGUCUGGUGUGAGGAGAUCGAAGACCAUGUGAUUUUUGCGUUUAACUCGAUGUCAAACAAGAUGGAACAGUUUGUCUAUUCCUUCGAAACUCACAGUUUUGUGGAAAUCGAACGUCCGGAGUUGGUUUACAAUCGGGGAAAUUCCACGCUGGGUUCUAUCGUUACAGCCUUGAGUGGUGAAAAGGAGACUAUUGUGAUUGAAAGAGAUGAAAAUGGAGCAAUGAAGUCAAGAUCGUCUGUGCAUGGAGAUAACUCGCAAACUCCAGUCGAUACAUUGGUAAUGCAAAGCAUUGAAAAGAAUGAAUUGGCUGUAAAUAAAGAUGAAGAAGUCACAAAUAUCAGUAAUGAAUUUGGAUGCUUGGACUACUUGGAAAGUCUUCCAGAGUUGAGGAUUCAAAGAUGCUCAAAAUUGUGCGGAGAUAUUGUUCAAGUUGUUUCCAAGACAACUGGUAGUUAUUCAACUUACAAUUAUACAAUCUACACCGGAAAGUUCAACAACACAAACAAAGUUUACUGCACCAGUUGCAAUUCUGUGACCUCUGAGAAGCACCUAAAACCACAGUAUUCUGUUCACUCGGAAGCUUUGGAUGCCCGUGUUAUUCACUGUCGCAACUCCUUAACCAAUGAUAUUGAGCAGUAUACUUACAACCCAGAUACUAAUGCAUUCGAGCAAGUAUAUUGUAAGGAACUUGCCUAUGAUCCAAGUCGAAUCAGCAACGCUACAAACGAUUACGAAGCAAUUCAGAAGGAAAAGUAUUCGAGCAUCACGGAUGAGUAUGUUGUUCUUCCAGCAGCACCGGUGAAGACAUUUGCUGUGAGAAUUCAAGAAGAGAAACAGAAGAAGCUGGAUGAAGAGGAACAACAGAAGGUGUUGAAGAUUCAAGAACUGGAGAAACAAAAGGAUGAACAAAUUAUGAAAUCAAUGUUGGAACUGGAAGAUAUGAAGAAGUUAUUGGAAGAGAAAGAUGAGAAGAUUCUGAUGCACGUGGGUAAACAACGUGUCAUGAAAUUUGAUAUGGAUAUUCUGAAAAAUAAGUUAGACGAAAGUAUUAUGAAAAUAAAAGAAGCAAAUGAUCAUAAUCUGGAAUUGGAGAAAGCAAAACUCAUAGCAUUUGAAGCAUCGAGAGAGGAGAAAAAACAGUAUGACAUUCUGAAGAAUACCCUGAAGGAGAAAGAAGAUCUGAUUGAGAAAUUGAAGGCCCAAAUCGCGGCGAAAGAUCAAAAUCGGCAGCGCACUCAAAACUUCAAUGCUCACAGCAAUCCCAUGUUCGGAGUUCAGCCUCCAGCGAUGAUUGCCGCUAAUCCGUAUGCAUGCCCAUACAUCGUCCAGGUGGACCAACCACAGCUUCAUUGUUGGAGUUCCAAAUAA